AACAGCUUUAAUGCAGACAGAAAUAUAGAUAAAUAUAAUUAUACCUUGUGGAAAGGACAGCUUUUAAAUAAAGGAAAGCUUCUGUGUUACGUUUCUUUGAGGUCAGCCACUCGUGCUUUUUUGCCUAUCAAGCUUCCUGAGAAAUUAGAUGUUGAAACAGUCAUGAGUCUUGAUCAUCUGAAACAGAAAAUCCCUCCAGCACUGUUUUAUAAGGAAACAUACUUAGGUCCAAAUGAAGUUUUGAAGAAUGGAAUGUAUUGCAGCCUUUAUGAAGUUGUAGAAAAGGCAAGAAUUGGAAAUAACAUGGAGAAUUUACUGCAAAAACUAGAGAAAGAAAAACUUGUUCUUGUUAAACCUUUGGGAGACCGAGGAUUCCUUUUUCUUCUCUCUCCUUAUCAGAUGGUUUCUCCAUAUGAACAUCAGACUACCAAGUCUCGGGUCCUGCAUGCUUUGUUUCUAUUUCAAGAACCUAGAGGCAUAGUUACUUCACAAAAAGGUUCAACCAAUGCAGCACCACAGGAGAGGCAUGAGAGCAUGCCAGAUGUAUUAAAAAUAGCUCAAUUUUUACAGUUUGCUUUGAUUCAGUGUCGAAAGGAAUUCAAAAAUAUAAAUACUAUAAAUUUCCAUUCUGUUGUUGAAAAGUAUGUAAGUGAAUUUUUUAAGCGAGGUUUUGGUUCAGGUAAACGAGAGUUUAUUAUGUUUCCAUAUGAUUCACGAUUAGAUGAUAGAAAAUUCUUAUACUCGGCUCCAAAAAAUAAAUCCCAUAUUGAUAAUUGUUUGCAUACUUAUAUUUUUCGGCCUGAAAUGUAUCAGUUACCUAUUUGUAAAUUAAAAGAGCUAUUUGAAGAAAAUAGAAAACUUCAACAGUUUAGUCCACUUUCAGAUUAUGAAGGUCAAGAAGAAGAAAUGAAUGGUACAAAAAUGAAAUUUGGAAAACGAAAUAACUCAAGGGGUGAAAGCAUUAUGCCUGGAAAGCAAAGGUCAUCUCAUUCUUUGGAUUACGAUAAGGAUAGAGUUAAAGAAUUGAUUAAUUUAAUUCAGUGUAGGAAAAAAAAUGCGGGUGGGGAGUCAGACACAGAAGAUAAGAGAAGGAAAACUGUCUUGAAGAGGAAGCUUGAGGAUCUACCUGAAAAUAUGAGAAAGCUCGCCAAAACCAGUAAUUUAUCUGAAAAUUGCCAUCUGUAUGAAGAGUCUCCACAACCUGUUGGCUCAGUUGAACAUGAUGCUGACUUGAGGCGGCAGCAGCAGGAUACCUGUAGCUCCGGCGUUGCUGACAUCCAUAGGCUCUUUAAUUGGCUAUCAGAAACACUAGCAAAUGCACGCCAUUCUGAUGCAUCCCUGACAGACACAGUCAACAAAGCCUUAGGAUUGAGCACUGGUGAUGCCUAUGAAAUGCUGAGGCAAAAAUAUGAGUAUGAGUUGAACUCUACCCUAGAUAAGAAAGACUUUGAGCAGCCUACUUGUGUAAAAAUUGAAAGUGCACAUUUUAAGGGUAUUCAGAGCCCAUUGUUAGAAGUUGAUACAGCAUCUUUAAAGUAUCCUGUUGCUAUUUCUACCAGUGACAUAGGCACUGACCAUAAGCUACAUUUGAAAGAAGAUCCAAAUUUAAUUAACAUGGGUAAUUUUGAAGAUUGCAGUUUGUGUCCCACUGUUCCCAUUGAACAUGGAUUCCACAAACAACAGUCUAAGUCAAAUAAUGUUGAAGAGACUGAAAUACAUUGGAAACUGAUUCCAAUUACAGGAGGGAAUGCAAGAAGCCCAGAAGACCAGCUGGGAAAACAUGGUGAGAAACAAACACCAGGUAUGAAAUCACCAGAAGAACAACUGGUGUGCCUGCCACCACAGGAGACCUUUCCUAACGACCCCCGGGUAAUAAGUAGACAGAGAAGUUCUGAUGACCAGUUUCCAUCCUCUCCAUUUACAGACACCUUAAAGGGCACCACUGAGGAUGACGUGUUGACAGGUCAGGUGGUGAAAGUGGAAGAGCAGUGUGUGCCAGCAGAAGAGCCGCCUGCAGUGAGCGAAACCACAGAAAGGACAGUGUUAGGAGAGUUCAAUCUCUUUUCUAGGAAGAUAGAAGAGAUUUUGAAGCAAAAGAAUGUUUCAUAUGUCAGUAGGAUUUCCACACCUAUCUUUUCAACACAAGAGAAGAUGAAACGGCUUUCUGAGUUCAUAUAUUCUAAGACUUCCAAAGCUGGUGUACAGGAGUUUGUAGAUGGCUUGCAUGAGAAACUAAAUACUAUUAUUAUUAAAGCAUCAGCCAAGGGUGGGAAUUUGCCACCAGUCAGUCCUAACGAUUCUGGUACUAAGAUAGCAUUGAAUCCUCUGGAAAAGCAUGUCAUACCAGUUUCCUCAAGUGACCUCAACAAUAAACACCUCCUUGAGCCACUUUGUAGUGAUGCUUUGAAAGACACCAACAUUAAUGAGCAGCAUUCCUCUUCAACUUUGAGUUUAACUGAAGUAGAAAUGAACCAGCCACAUCAUGCCACGGAGUUAAUGGUGACUUCUGACCAUUCUGUACCUGGUGAUACUGCCCGGGAACCAGUAGAAAAAGAAACAACAAAAUCACCCAGUGAUGUAAACAUUUCUGCCCAACCAGCUCUUUCAAAUUUUAUAAGCCAGUUAGAACCUGAAGUAUUUAAUAGUUUGGUUAAAAUCAUGAAAGAUGUCCAGAAAAAUACUGUGAAAUUUUAUAUUCAUGAAGAAGAAGAGAGUGUGCUCUGUAAAGAAAUAAAGGAGUAUCUUACCAAAUUAGGCAAUACAGAAUGCCAUCCAGAACAGUUUUUGGAAAGAAGAUCGAAAUUAGAUAAACUAUUGAUUAUUAUUCAAAAUGAAGACAUUGCAGGUUUCAUUCACAAGGUACCUGGCUUGGUGACUUUAAAGAAGCUCCCCUGUGUUAGUUUUGCUGGUGUUGAUAGCCUGGAUGAUGUUAAAAAUCAUACAUACAAUGAAUUAUUUGUAUCUGGUGGUUUUAUCGUGUCCGAUGAAUCAAUUCUAAAUCCAGAGGUUGUCACAAUUGAGAACCUUAAAAAUUUUUUGACAUUCCUUGAAGAACUUAGUACUCCAGAAGGAAAAUGGCAAUGGAAAGUCCACUGUAAAUUUCAGAAAAAACUAAAGGAACUAGGCAGAUUGAAUGCUAAAGCUCUAAGUCUGUUGACGCUUCUGAAUGUCUAUCAGAAGAAACAUCUGGUUGAAAUUUUGUCAUACCACCAGUGUGAUUCACAAACUCGAAAUGCACCAGAAUUGGAUUGCCUUAUCAGACUUCAGGCCCAGAACAUACAGCAACGACACAUAGUCUUUUUAACAGAGAAGAACAUCAAGAUGCUUUCUAGUUAUACAGAGAAUGGAAUAGUGGUUGCAACUGCUGAAGACUUUAUGCAAAACUUUAAAAAUCUUGUGGGCUAUCACAACUCAGUCACAGAAGAAAACCUUCCACUGCUUGGUGCUAAUGACACUCUUGAGUCGCAGUCAGCUCUUUUAGAAAACGAUGAAAAGGAUGAAGAGGAUAUGUCUCUGGAUUCAGGGGAUGAAAUCUCACAAAUAGAAGUAUACAGCAGUUUUCAUUCAGAAAUAUUGGCGAAAGAGACCAAAGGAUCACGUGGAACAGAUCAAAAAACGAAUAUUCAAAUUGAUUUACAAUCGUCUCUUGACGUGCAAAACAGUUUAUUAGAAGAUAAGACUUAUCAAAUUGAUUCUGAAGAGAGAGCUCCUAUUGAUAUAGUAUGCUCUGAAGCAGAGAACAGCAAUUCAGCAGAACAAGAUUCAUAUAGCAACUUUCAGGUUUAUCACAGUCAAUUAAAUAUGUCCCAUCAGUUUAGUCAUUUUAAUGUUCUCACUCACCAGACAUUUUUGGGGACACCAUAUGCCCUUUCAUCAAGUCAGUCUCAAGAAAAUGAAAAUUACUUUUUAUCUGCUUAUACUCAAAGCUUGGAUAGAGAUAAGUCUCCAUCUCCAUUAAGUUGGGGAAAAAGUGAUUCUUCCAGGCCAUAUUCAAAAGAGAAAUAA